AUGCAUCCAAUAACUAUAGCAACAAGAACAAAAGGUCAGGGAAUAACAUUAGAAAUUGUACAGGUACAUCAGUCCGUGCCAUUUCACCUAUUAUUAACAAAUAAAAGGAAGUUUGAGCAUAAGAAAAAUCAAUAUUGGCUUAUGCUAUCCAUUGACGAUGAAAAACUUACUCUCCAAAAGCUUGUUAACGGUCGUCAAACAGUAUUAAAGGACAGUACGGCCCGAGAUAGUAUUUUACAACUAGUACAACCAAGUCGAUACAAGUAUUGGCUCAGCAUAGAUUUUAAAAAUUUCUUGGUUAAAUAUGGUCAAGGUGAAAUGAGAAAUGAAUGUACAUUGUUUAGUGUUCGUAUGACGGAUAACGAUGACAAAAAAUAUUUAACGAAAUUAAAAUCUUCAUAUUCAAAGUUCCUAUUUGAUAAAGAUGAAGAUGAAAGUGGUGAAGAAGUUAAUUUAUGUCAUCAAAUAUAUAAACAUCUUGUGGAAGAGCAUCCAAAUUUCACGAUUGCUGCGAUUGAAAGCAGUUGUCGUGAACCAUCUGGAUGGUGUUAUACGACAUUACAGACAAAAGCUAAUGCUCUUACAAGAGGAAUAAAUUCGACAUCUAUUCGAAUUAGGAUAGGGAAUUUGACAUUUAUGGAAAUUUGGCCACCAAAUCAUAAAUCGACAGUCAUUCAACAUUCACUAAGCACACACGGUAUUAUUCACAUCCUUUCUAAUCAAGUUAUGAUCGAAUUUCAUCCGUAUAUCAGCGCCAAUCCGCAGCAGAAACCUUUUUUAGCACGAUUAUGUGAAGAAAAUGACGUGAUAUAUUUUAAACCGGGUCUAAAUCAAAUCUAUCGAUUUUUUAAUCCUCGAAAUACGCUGGCUAUCAUUAUACAAGCUUUUGAUAGGGUAGCAUUUGAAUACAUAGGCAGUGAUCGAAAGCAAAUUAAACAGCAGUCUGAAGUGUCAACUGAUAUUGAAUAUGAGAAAUUUAAGAAAUUAAUCGAAAAAGAUUGUAAGGGCAGCUAUUAA